CAAGUAUAAAAGAACUUGGUUUGAGCGCGCGUUAGUACUCUCGCAUUGAAGAGUGAGCGGAAUUUUCAGUCAAAGUGGCAGGCCGGGUAACCAAAAACCAAGACCCUGUUCAAAACAUGGGCAAGAAGCAAAACACCAAGUCCGCUAAAAAGGAUGUAGCGGAGGAACCGGAGGAGUUCGUGGUGGAGAAAGUACUCGACCAACGUCUUGUAAAUGGAAAAGUGGAAUUCUUCCUAAAGUGGAAAGGGUUUACAGAAGCUGAUAAUACCUGGGAGCCAGAGGAGAAUCUGGAUUGCCCAGAGCUCAUUUCAGCAUUUUUGGAGGCACAUAAGAGCAUAAAAGAGAAGCCUGCAACUGUCAAGAGGAAGAGCUCUACAGAUGAAUCCGAGCCAGAAGCCAAAAAGAAGGAUGUGAGUGAUAAGCCCCGUGGAUUUGCCAGAAACCUGGACCCAGAGAGGAUCAUCGGCGCUACAGACAGCAGUGGAGAGCUCAUGUUCUUGAUGAAAUGGAAGGACUCGGACGAAGCAGAUUUAGUUCCAGCCCGUGAAGCAAACUCUCGCUGUCCCCAGGUGGUCAUCUCCUUCUAUGAGGAGAGGCUGACUUGGCAUUCCUGUCCCGAGGACGAGGCAUAGAUGUUCUGCUUUCUGAUCCUUUGUGUUUCUCCUUAAAGCUGUGUUUUUAGGCUACCUUGUAUUGUUGUUCUUCUGGUUUAACGUUAGUGUGGUUGUAAAUAGGGCAACUACUUUUGUACAUAUUUUUAAGAUGUUGGAAACAUUGAUGCUGCAUAAUCCAGUUGCGCCUUUGAAAAAAUGCAUUUUUGUAUUCUCUCCGUGUAACAUCCUUAAAUUGUCCAAUAAAACUUAUUUUUUUUGCUACCCA